GUGACAGCGAGAUUGUAAAUAAUAUGUACGAGACCGACCCCGAUCUCCUUGCUGGAGAAAGCGCAGAGGAGGAAACUGAGGACAGUAUAAUGUCCCCCAUCCCUGUGGGACCUCCGUCACCCUUCCCCACCAGUGAGGACUUCACUCCCAAGGAGGGCUCACCCUAUGAAGCUCCCGUCUACAUUCCUGAUGACAUUCCAAUCCCACCAGAUUUUGAACUCAGAGAAUCUUCGAUCCCAGGGGCAGGGCUAGGGAUUUGGGCCAAAAAGAAGAUUGAAGUUGGGGAAAGAUUUGGACCCUAUGUGGCAGUGCAGAGGAGCACAUUAAAGGAAACAAACUUUGGAUGGGAGCAAAUACUGACUGAUCCCGAGGUGACCUCCCAGGAGGGCAAUAUAAAAAAGAUUCCCGAUGCCCUGGGCACUGAGAAGUUCUGUGGUGAUGCCAGCCAGGGCGGGGCUGGGAACUGGCUGAAGUACAUCCGAGUGUGCUGCUCGUCUAUUAUAAAGUUAUUAAAGAGAUUGAGCCGGGGGAAGAGCUCCUGGUGUGCCUGAAGGAAGGAGGUUAUUCCCUGGGGAACAUGGCACCCAGCAUGGAAGAGGAGCCCUCAUUCCGCUGUGAGGACUGUGAUGAGCUGUUCCAGUCCAAGCUGGACCUGCGGCGCCACAAGAAGUACGGCUGUGGGGCCGUGGGGGCCCUCUACGAGAGCCUCAGCGACGACAUCAAGCAGGAAGGCCUUGGGGAUGGACAGGUCUACGAGUGCAAGGACUGUGAGAGGAUGUUCCCCAACAAAUACAGCCUGGAGCAGCACAUGGUGAUCCACACCGAGGAGAGGGAGUACAAGUGUGACCAGUGUCCCAAGGCUUUCAACUGGAAAUCCAACCUGAUUCGUCACCAAAUGUCUCACGACAGUGGGAAACGGUUUGAAUGUGAAAACUGUGUUAAGGUGUUUACGGACCCCAGCAACCUCCAGCGGCACAUCCGCUCGCAACACGUGGGCGCGCGGGCCCACGCCUGCCCCGACUGCGGCAAGACCUUCGCCACCUCCUCGGGCCUCAAGCAGCACAAGCACAUCCACAGCACUGUCAAACCUUUCAUAUGUGAGGUCUGUCACAAGUCCUACACGCAGUUCUCCAACCUGUGCCGCCACAAGCGGAUGCACGCAGACUGCCGCACCCAGAUCAAGUGCAAGGACUGCGGGCAGAUGUUCAGCACUACCUCCUCCCUCAACAAGCACCGGCGCUUCUGCGAGGGCAAGAACCAUUACAGCCCCGCCGGCAUCUUCGCCCCCGGCCUCCCCCUCACGCCCACCUCCAUCAUGGACAAAUCCAAGCCCUCUCCCAACCUCAACCACGCCAGCCUGGGCUUUAAUGAGUAUUUCCCGUCCCGCCCGCACCCUGGCGGGCUCCCGUUCUCGCCAGCACCUCCAGCAUUCCCCGCCCUCACCCCGGGAUUUCCUGGGAUUUUUCCACCUUCUCUGUACCCCAGGCCCCCCUUGUUACCGCCCACACAGCUGCUCAAAAGUCCCCUCAACCACACUCCGGACGCGAAGCUCCCCAGCCCCCUCGGGAACCCGGCGUUGCCCCUGAUCUCCGCAGUGAGCAACAGCAAUCAGGCUCCUUCAGGGGAGGAGAAAUGUGAAAGCAGCCUGGAAAACUCCUACCUGGAGAAGCUAAAAGCCAGGAACAGUGACAUGUCCGAUGGCAGUGACUUUGAGGAUGUCAAUACGACCACGGGCACAGAUCUGGACACCACGACCGGCACGGGCUCUGACCUGGACAGUGACGCGGAGAGUGACAGGGACAAAACGAAAGACAAGAGCAAACAAAUGGAGACCAAGCCAGAUUUUGUCAGCAGCUCGGUGUCUGCCAGCUCCACCAACACCACGAGCGAGAUCCCUCUCUUCUAUUCUCAGCAUUCCUUCUUUCCUCCCCCCGAGGAGCACCUGCUGCCCGCCACGGGCGCUGCCAAUGACUCCAUUAAAGCUAUCGCCUCCAUCGCAGAGAAGUAUUUUGGGCCUGGCUUUAUGGGCAUGCAGGAGAAAAAGAUGGGUUCGCUCCCGUAUCAUUCCAUGUUCCCCUUCCAGUUCCUCCCCAAUUUCCCCCACUCCCUCUACCCUUUCACGGAGCGGACCCUCAACCACAACUUGCUGGUCAAGGCAGAACCAAAGUCACCCAGGGACCUCCACAAAGUCGGUGGCACCAGCUCGGAGUCCCCCUUCGAUCUCACCACGAAGCCAAAAGAGAUUAAGCCAAUCCUGCCGCCCCCCAAGGUCCUCCCAGCCCCGUCCUCAGGGGAGGAGCAGCCACUGGAUCUGAGCAUUGGCAACCGCAUCCGAGCCAGCCAGAAUGGAGGGAGAGAGCCACGGAAAAACCACAUUUAUGGGGAGAGGAAGCUGAUGGCAAGUGAGGUCUUACCUAAGAUUUCCCAGUCCCAGCUGCCUCAGCAGCCUUCCCUGCACUACGCUAAGCCAUCGCCCUUUUUCAUGGACCCCAUCUACAGCAGGGUGGAGAAGCGGAAGGUGACAGACCCCGUGGGUGCCCUCAAGGAGAAGUACCUGCGACCCUCCCCGCUGCUUUUUCACCCCCAGAUGUCAGCCAUCGAGACGAUGACAGAGAAACUGGAGAGCUUUGCAGCCAUGAAGGCCGACUCUGGCUCGUCCCUGCAGCCCCUUCCCCACCACCCCUUCAACUUCAGAUCGCCGCCGCCAACGCUCUCCGACCCCAUCCUGCGCAAGGGCAAGGAGCGCUACACCUGCAGGUACUGUGGCAAGAUCUUCCCACGCUCAGCCAACCUGACGAGGCACCUGCGGACACACACUGGGGAGCAGCCUUACAGGUGUAAAUACUGUGACAGGUCAUUCAGCAUUUCCUCCAACCUGCAGAGGCACGUCAGGAACAUCCACAACAAGGAGAAGCCAUUCAAGUGCCACCUGUGCAACAGGUGCUUUGGGCAGCAGACCAACCUCGACAGGCACCUGAAGAAGCACGAGCAUGAAAAUGUUCCAGUGAGCCAGCACUCCGGAGUCAUCACCAACCACCUCGGGACCAGCGCCUCCUCCCCCAACUCGGAAUCAGACAACCAUGCACUUUUAGACGAAAAAGAGGAUUCCUAUUUCUCAGAAAUCAGAAAUUUUAUUGCCAACAGCGAGAUGAAUCAAGCGUCGGCUUUAGCAGAUAAAAGGCCAGAAAUCCAGGAUAUUGAUGGCAAUUCCCAGUGCCACGGACUGGCAAACGAGAAGGCAGAAGAUGUGGACGAUGAGGACGAAGAACUGGAAGAGGAAGAUGAUGACAGCCUGACUGGGAAGUCCCAGGACGAGACGGCGUCGCCCACGGCAGAGCCGCGGGGAGCGUUCGAGGAUGAGGAGGAUGAGGAGCCCACGUCUCUCACCAUGAGCUUUGACCACACCCGAAGGUGUGUUGAGGAGGACGAAGCCGGCCUGUUAGAUUUGGAGCAGAUGCCGAAUUUUGGGAAGGGGCUGGAUCUCCGCAAAGCGGCCGAGGAAGCCUUUGAAGUUAAAGAUGUGUUUAAUUCCACCUUAGACUCUGAGGCAAUAAAACAGACUCUGUACAGGCAGGCUAAAAACCAGGCUUAUGCAAUGAUGCUGUCCCUGUCUGAGAACGCUCCCCUCCACACGUCCUCCCAGAGCUCUCUGGGGGCUUGGCUGGACAUGGCAGGAGCAGCUUCAGAGUCGGGGACCUUUAACCCCAUCAACCACCUCUGAGAGGUCCACAAGGCACUGGCCAGAGCCCAGGUGAGGCAGUGGUGGUGCUGCAGCCAUCCCAGCAAAAUCCCAGCGAGCAGAAGAUGGAUGAGAGGGCCUCAGGGAGUCGUCUGGACUUUGGGCUGAGAAGGAAACCUGUCCCAUCUGACCCACACGCCCUGCAUUUUUAUCUCUCUAGAGUUUUCCUUUCUAAUUUAUCACAAUGAACCUCUCCCAAACUGGAUAACCCCGAAGCAGCCCCAGGAAUUUCACAGCCUGUAGGAACAGCAUGAGCAAGACACGAAUUGCAGCAGUGCAAUCAAAGAUUGGCCCCCUCCAACCUUCGAAACUGAGGUCACUGAGCCAGCACAGCCUGAGCAGGAAUGACAGCUUGGAACCACAGGGCAGCAUUUCCUUCCCAUCCAGCUGAAUGAAGCACCAAGGGAAGAGAGCCAGGUGUGACCUGUCCCUGGUGCAACUGUGACACAGCCACUGGAGUUAUGCCAGGGAAAGACAAAUCCAACCCACUAAACUGACCCCCCAAAAGAAUUCUGCACUCCCACAGAAACUCCAUCCUGUCCUUUGCUCCCAGCAAAGCUCCUCCAAGGUGAGGCCACAUUGCCUGCAGUGAGCCACAUGCAGCUCCCAGCCUGGAACGGUGCUGGGGUUGGGGUGACAGAUGUGUCACACGGACAUGGAUGUGCCCUGAGCUAGGCUGGCAGAGCUCCCUGCCCUUCCUGGGAGUGCCUGGGACACAGCCAGGCUGGUGGAGCUCCUGAAAAUGCUUGGAUUUGCCCAAGCAGAGAGGUCACAGGGUAAAGGCUUCCCGUGUUGUGAAUAAGGAAAUGUGUGCUGGGCAAAGCCAGGGCAGCUCAGACACGUCUCUGCUGGUGUGUCAGGGUUUCAGAGUGACAUCAUCCUGUGCUGGUGGUAUCUGUGGCACAGAUCUCUGAUUCACACCGUUGUUUUGGCCUGGUUUUUCCCUCUGUGCCACCUGCUGCUGCUUGGCCUGGAAUUUAAGUAGAAAGAUGAACAUUUCCAUGAUCCAGCAACCUCAAGGGUGCAGAGCAUGGAGAUAAGAAUCCAGCUGUCUUUCUGACUCAAAUUUCUCACAGAGAUUUCAUGAGUGAUUUCCAAUCACUACCAAACCUCAUCUUGUCUACUGAUACACAGCAGCCUCCACAAAUCCUGUGGGCUUUGUGUUGUUCUCUCCUGUUGGAGCAGGGAAUUUGGAGAUGACAUUCCUUUUUGGAAUGGUUAGGAAAGCCAUGGAAAAGGUCAAAUAGAGGGUUCUAAGCCAGUCUAGUGUGGGAAGACUCAUUCCAGCAGGCCAAAACAACAGAAUCAGCUCCCUAAGCAAAGCAGAGUCAGAGUUGGGUGUGACACCUUUGCAAGUCAGCUUUGCACCCAAGAGCACGUGUGGGGCUGAUUUUGGGGAGCUUUCCCCACAGGAAAGCAUCCGGGGUGGCUUUGGUACACAGGGAACAAAAGGUAACUUAGCAGCACCAGUGUGUUUUCCCAAGAAAAUUCACCCUCCCCUUUUUGGUUUUCCACAACAUCCUGUGAAAGUGCCCAAGGCUCUGAGAGCACCAGGCGGUGUGACCGAGCUGCUUCUUGUAUUUGCACAAAGCUCCUGGGUAGGAGAGAGCCAACCCUGCUGAGGGAAUCCCAGCUCUGUGGAGGAGAGGGACAGCCCUGUCCCAUCCCAUUGAUCCCAUCCCAUCCCAUUAUCCCAUCCCAUCCAUCCCAUCCCAUGGAUCCCAUCCCAUCCCCACAGGCUGCAGCACAGCCCUGCCCAGGCACUUGGCCUUUAAAUUAUUCCCACAGGGGCCAACAUGAAAAUAAUAAAAGAAUUCUUUCUUUUCCUAAUGGAAGCUAUUUUAAUCUGUAUAGAACUUCUCAUUUUGGGCUAAUUCCUUUCUGAUUUUAUUUCUUCCUUAACAGUAUUUGUUUUUUACAUUAGCUAUCAUUCUUGUGAAGAAACCAUGUUAAUAUGAGUAUGUAGUGAAGGACCAAAAUGGUGCUGCUGAGGUUGGGUGUGGGAUGAGCAGGGAGCAGGAAGAUUUUGUCCAUGUGCCAAAUGAGCCCAUCAGUGCUGCCAGUGGUGCUGCUCAUCUCCAGACAAUCAUCCCUCAGCUCCCCUUUGCCUUGGAGCUCCUGGGCCAUCACAGGAAGGUUCCAGUGAUUGGGAGGAGGAGGAGGCCAGUGGAGAUGCUGGCCCUGCUCCAGAAGAACAUGGGAACAGCCUUAACCAUGGGGAUGGAUCCAUCCUGUCCCUUUCCAGCUGCAGCUCCAGGACUCCUGGUUUGUUUGGAACAAACCACAUGUCUGAGCAUCUCUCUGCCAUGCUGGAACAGGAUCUGUGGGAAGCAGUGAGUGUUUGUGUGCUCUGACCAUGGUUUGUUCACCUUGAAGAAACCUCAGGGCAGGUCAGCAUCACACUCCACAGAGCAGCUGAGGGAGUGGCACUGAGCUGGACACCAAAAUGUGGCCAAUACUAAGGAAUGCAGGUGUUACUGUGGGGAUUUAUUUGGGGUAUUUAUGGUUUCCCUGUCCCUCUCUCAGCCCUGCUGCAGGUUGUGUCAUUUCUCCAGAAGCAGUUGGUCAGGUCCUUUCUCUGACUGAGCUCACACUCUCACUGUCCCCCUCCCCAGGCUCAUCCUGGCUCUCCAUGGAUCUCCUGAGGGCCCCUGGCCAAGGAGGUGUUAUCCAGCCAGGGAUUGAGGACAUUAAAUUAUAGGAUUUAAAAUCAUGAUUUUUUUUUUUCUUUUCAUAUUUCCUAAUUCAGUUUCUUCCCAUUUUCUCUAGCUUGUGUUGCUGAAUCUCCCAAUUCCUCUAAUUUAGCACUGAUUACAAGUUUUAAUUUUUCCCAUUAAGAUAAAGAAACAGGGAGCCUCACAUAACUUCUGUUAACCUCUACCUUUUGUUGCAUUGCACUUGGGAUGUGCUGCAGCUCACAUUCCAAGUGCAAUCCAACAAAAGGUAGAGCUGUGGAGGUGCAGGUGUGGAGGUUCCAUUUUGCUGCAGGUGUGGAGGUUCCAUUUUGCUGCUUUAGCAGAGAAUCUCACCUUUUCAAGGCUGCUUCCUGAGAGGUUUGUGUCCAGGAUGUUCUGCUGCCUUCCCAGUGCUGGGGAAGCUCUGGGAGCUUUGGUGAGACAUGGAGCUGUGGUGUCCAAGCCCAUGGACACGCUGGGAUCCAGGGCAGGUGAGGGUGGCAGGGAUGGGAAGUGGCUGUGGUGUGUCCAGGGUGUGGUUUAAACCCAGAGCUUUGUGUAGGAUCUAUUUAUUUAAAGUAUUUUCACAGCUGCAACAGCACAGAGGGGAGAAGGAGAAGUCCUGGGGGUUUUUGGAGUGGUCAGGUGGGGCUGGGAGCUGCACAGGGCUGAAGUUUUGGUUCUCCAUGAAGAGCAGAGCUUUGGCCAGAGCUGAACCUUCCUGCCUGAGCUGGUCAGGGAGGAGGAUGUGGAUCUUGUGUCAGUGCAUUCCUUGCUUCCCACCAGCUCAGAGCUGGAGGUUGUGAUCUCUCUGGUUGGGAGCUCUCCGGUGGGAUGAGCUGAGGUUCUCCCAUGGGAUGUGCUGAGGUGCCACGUCCAGGUCCAGGUCCAGGUCCUGCAGGACACAUUGAGGCACCCAGUUCUCCUGCUGGGCUGCUGGCUUCUUCCCUGGGAUGUUCCCUUUGGUGCUCAGGCUGCUCUGGGUGCCUUUCCAAGGUGUCCCAGGCCAGCAGGCCAUGCUGAGCACCACGGGGACAUCAAUGCAUGGAACCCCAAACAGAGCUGAACAAACACAGUGGGUGUGCUCAGCUGAUUCUGGCACAAACACCCUGCAGGGCUCCUGUCCUCCCUCACACAGACAGAGGAAGCUUUUCCCCCUCCCCAAUCAGCACUUAGGCCCUCAGUGGCUGCUCUUGGGAGCCUUUUGGAAGCACUUGCACAAUGAGGUGAACGAGUUUGGCGCUGAGCAUCAAAGCACUGGAUCGUGAGCCCCCCGUGCCCCCCGGCCAAGCCAAUCUGCUGAAUUCCCACUCGGUUUUUACGUGCUGUACUGUGUGUGUGUGUGUGUGUGGCGGGGGGCAAGGGGGUCAGGGAUCCCCCCUGCCCCUUUUUUGGGGGGGAUCCUGACCCUUGGGGACAGCGCUGUCCCCAAGGGCAGGAGUGGCAUCGCUUGGGGUCAGUGCUGGCAGCACAAGGGCACAAAAUGCUCUGCUCCUCGCUGGUGGUCAGUAGUGUUCUCACAAAGCCAUGAAACUUCUCCGUAGUGUUGAGUGAAACUGUGACUAAAAAACGUUCUUGAAUGAUUCCGAGGUUUCUUUUUUUUCCUCUUUCUUCUGUCGUUAAUUCUUAUUACCACUUUGGAAGAAGAAAUUUAAAAAUAAAAUUUAAAAAAAAAUAUUAAAAAAAAUUUAAAACUUAAAAAAAAAGAACGAAAAAGAAAAAAAAGGCAGCUUUGAUUUUCCAAAUGUGCAAUUCACAUGUGAACAAAGUAAUUCUGAAAGUAAUUCUCAGUGUAUUUUACAUUCUCAUUGCUCUCUUCAAAGCAAGAGAUGUUUUGCCCUGAUGUCAUUUCCAGCCUGCAGAAGAUGUAAUUUAAAACAUAUAUAUAUUGUGCUUGCAAGAAUCAUAAAUCUGUGCAUCCUAUGUCAUUCCUUUUCCCAUUGUUACAAUACAGAUAUGAUUUAGGUUGGAUUUUUUUUUUCCUUUAGACCUGUAUAGUGUUUUUUUAAAAUCAAUUGUAAAUGUCUGGUUUUCAUAUAAUGUUUAAAAAACAUUGAGAAAGAGGAUGGUGCUUGUUCCAUAUCAUUCUUGAUUGUAUAUUGCUUCUGUUAUGUUUAUAAGUAAACUGUGCAUGACUUGUGUUUAGCAGUCAUUAUUGUGUCCGUUUGUGAAAUUUUUAUUAAAAAGAAAAAAUUCCGUAGAUGCACUUAUUGUAUAUGUGAUUAGAUUUUGCGUCCGAGGCUCGAAGCCUUGAACUGCCAAGGAAGAAAGAAAAAGUGUUGGCAGUUAUUAAUUAAUAUGGAAUCGCUUUGUUGGGAGCAUAAUGAAAUAAAAGAUAUGAAGUGUAGAAAAUAAUUAAAAAAAAGGCAAUUUUACAAAUUUCAUUUUGAUGCUUGUGAUAAAAGACAAAUGUACUUGUGUAGAGAAAUUCCUUUAAAAUAAUGAAUAGAAAAAGCUGAUUUUGAGGUUAAUGCUGUAGAAUAGGAAUGUAUACCAAAUGUAAUCUUUCCAAUGCUACAAUGAAUUUAUACAUGAGAUUGAUAUGCAAUAAACCUGUGUGCUUUUAUAA